AAAAGAAAAACAUAAUUUCUGAAGUAGACAAAGGAUUGAAGAAAGGCGAGGUGGCAAAAAAAUAUGGCAUAUCCCCAUCAACAUUGUCAACUAUUUUGAAAGACCGAGAAAGCAUCUUGAAACAAUUUCAGACUUCUGUUUUUGUCCCGAGCAGGAAAAGGAUGCGUAAGGCACAAUUUGAAGACGUUGAUACGGCGGUUUACAAAUGGUUUCAAGAUGUUCGUUCCAGAAAUGUUCCUCUGACCGGUCCUUUAAUUCGAGAAAAAGCAUUAGAAUUUGCUAAAAUGCUCGAAAUUGAGAAUUUCCAAGCAAGUGUCGGAUGGUUAAAUCGUUUCCGUGAGCGUUAUGGUGUGUUGUCUAAAUGCAUUUCUGGAGAGGCGAGUGACGUACCAAUGAAUUCUGUUAACGAAUGGCGAAACGGAGAAGUUGCUGCACUCAUCAAGGAAUACAGCCCCAACGAUGUCUUUAAUGCAGAUGAAGCUGGAGUGUUUUUUCAGCUUGAACCAAAAAGGACAUUAGCCCAGAAAGGAGACAAGUGUGUAGGGGGUAAAGCUUCCAAACAACGCAUCACCGCUCUUUUCUGUUGUAACAAAUCGGGAACGGAGAAACGAAAAAUCCUCAUCAUUGGCAAAUCCGCAAAACCUCGUUGUUUUAAAAACUGUAAAUCAUUGUCAUGCAUCUAUAAAUUUAAUAAGAAAGCAUGGAUGACUCAAAUAAUUUUUAAUGAUUGGUUGAUAGAUUUUAAUACAGAAAUGAAAAAGAAGAAGAGGAAAAUUCUUCUUCUUAUCGACAACUGUACUCCACAUAAUGAACCACCAAAAUUGGAUAAUAUUCGUGUGGAAUAUUUCCCACCUAACUGCACAGCUGUACUUCAACCUCUUGACCAAGGUAUCAUCAGAGCUGAAGCUAUCGAAUGGAUAUGCGGAGCUUGGGAUGAUAUCAGUCAAUCAACAAUAACUAACUGUUGGAAACAUACAACCACAACCAAAGACACCAAUUCUGUUUCAGAAGUGGCCAAAUAUGAUGAAUCAAAUACGCACGAUAUCCAACAAUCUGAGUUAGAGCAAAUUUGGAUCACUGCGAAAAAGAAAACGUCGCUUCCUGACGACGUGAAUUUAGAAGAUUAUCUCGGUGCAGAUGACAACGUUUCAACAUGUUAUGAACUAACCGAAGUAGACAUCAUUCAAUCCAUUAAAGACAGCAAAGAUGAGGUCACCGAUGAAAGUAGUGGAGACGAAGACGAAGAAGCUGUGUUGGGAAAUGAUGUGCGCAAUGUCACUUCAUCAGAAGCCUUAUCAUGUUUGGAAGUAAUGCGAACAUUCAUUACAUCACAGAGUGAUGUACCGGACUUCAUAUUUACAAACAUUCACCAAAUACAAAAUUAUUUACUUUCUAUUAAAACAGCAAACCUUGUUCAAAAGAAAAUUGAUGAUUAUCUAUAA